UUAUGGUGUGUCUGUCACUUAAUCAUAACGUGUAUUGCACUUGCUAUUUUGCGACAGACCGUAAUCCGGAUAAUAUAUUACACCAGGAAAUAUUCUGUUUGUUUCUGAAAUUCUCGGAUUAUAAUAUUUCUGUUAAUCCUAAUUUAAAAUUGCAGCUAACUGUUCCUGCUGAAACCCACACCUGUGCCUCCAUUGUCAAUCUACACUCAAACUCCUGUGUUGCUGCUACUGGCAAAAAAAGCUACCUUUUCUCUACAGAUCUCUAGACCAAAAUCUGCCAAAAUGACGAUGAUGGAAUUCUUUGGUUGCACAUUCAUUGCUUUUGGACCUCCUUUGGCAAUGUUUAUCUUUACAAUUGCCCCUGAUCCCUUAAGGGUUAUUGUUUUGAUUGCUAGUGGCUUCUUCUGGCUGCUUUCACUUCUAUUUUCAUCGAUCCUUUGGUUUGCGGCGAAAGAAAUUAUGAGUGGUGCCAACAAACUGCGAGAGUCUUUAAUAAUUGGAUUGGUCUUUUCCGUACUAUUCCAAGAACUCUUUCGGUAUCUCUUCUAUAAAAUGUUACGAAAAGCAGAUGAAGGCCUUCAACGAGUCAGUCAGCAAGGUCGAAGUGGUAAUAUACGACCCAAAGAUAUCACUAAUAAAAGCAUCAUGGCAUAUGUAUCUGGACUUGGCUUUGGUAUCAUAUGUGGUGCCUUCUCACUUAUUAAUGUGUUAGCUGACAUGGCAGGACCUGGUACUGUUGGCAUUCAUGGAGAUUCACCUUAUUUUUUCCUUGCUUCAGCUUUCCUGACAUUGUCAUUUGUGUUCCUACACACUUUCUGGGGUAUCAUCUGUUUCUUUGCUUGGGAUAAAAAGAAGUACAUAUGGGUAGCUGUUGUAAUCUUAAGCCACAUGCUCACAUCUUCUAUGACAUACCUGAAUGGUUUAAGUCGUGAACAUAUUUCAACCCAGUAUGUAAUAACUAUAGUAGUGGCUUACUUGACCAUGUUUAUAACUGGAGCUCUUGCAUUCUGUUUAUCAGGUGGCUCACUGAAAUAUUUGCCAUUGGCAUUGCGUUGCAGUAAAGGCAGGCAUGAGACGGACUGAAAACAACAUAAUAAAUGAACAAACAAACAAAACAAUAACACUCCCUUCCCUCCAAAACAAAACGAAAAACAACAAAAAUUAUUCUUUGUCUUUGAUUGAACCCUGUUAAUUUUAUUCAUCUCUAUCUUUUAUGUCUUUCAUUGACACCACUAUUCAGUUGACUGGCUGUAAAAUACACAAGAGUAAAUGUGCUGAAUGUAAGACUCAUUGUUGACCAAAUAUGAUGUAGUGAAUGGGAAAUUGCUACAGGCUGAACGAGUGUGACAAAGGGAAUGUGAGGUUGCUACAUGUUGAACUAGUGUGAUGUGGAGAAUGUGAGGUUGCUACAUGUUGAAUAAGUGUGAUGUGGUGGAUGCAGGACUCAUUCACAUUGAGUGUGAUGUGUUAUAUAUAAGAUUGCUACAUGUUGACCAGAAAAUUCUGACAGAAUGUCACUUUGCUUAUUUUCUAUAUAAUAUCUCAACUAACAAUGUCUUCAGCUUUCUUCAAGUUUUUAGAAGAAUAUGUACUUUUUCAUAAUUCCAAUUAAUUUAACGAAGACUUGUUAGCCAUCAACUCUCAUGAAGAUGGGAUUUGAAGGAAAAACUCAGUCUACAUAUGUCUUGUUAUUUCCUUGAAGACAUGACCAAACAUUGAAUAAAAAAUGCUGCUCCUAAAA